AUGUUUCCUCCUCUUUGCAGGAACGCCCAAUCCGCGGGUCUUCUCUUCUUACUAGCAUCAACAUGGGCACCCUUGGCUAACGCCCUGGAUAUCAACUACUGUGCCAACUUCAACACUGGCGAGACUUCCAGCAACUACAGUAUAUACCAGACCAACGGCCUGUGCCAUGAUCACUGUUUCGACGAUUAUGCCUACGCCAUCACUCAAGGCAAGCUGUGCUGGUGCUCAAAUUAUGCCCCCGUCAAGUCGGUACAAGAGAGUAAUUCGAAAUGUGAUACUCCCUGUCCCGCAUGGCCCAAAGAGGUCUGCGGUGGCGACGGUGUAUAUGGAUAUAUCGACCUUGGCAACAUAGAGCCAUCUGGAUCCCGAGGACCUUCUCCCUCAUCAACCAAAACCGAAGAAGACCAAUCCUCAACUGAAGCCUCCGAGACCAAGGCCACUUCAACCGAUGAAGAAGAGGCCACCUCGGCUAGCGUGACAGAUCAGCCAUCGUCCAUUGUGCAAACUGUCACUGCAGGGGGUACUGUCAGGACAGUGACUGUUUUGCCGACACAGCAGACGGCUGGAACAUCGGCAAACGAAAACACAUCUGAGACAACUGACAAGAGUGGACUCGGCACUGGUCAGGUUGUUGGCAUUGUGGUGGGUGUUAUCGCUGCCGUCAUCCUUGCCGCAGGCGUGGUCUUGUUCCUUUGGUUCCGUCGCAAGAGGCAGCAAAACGAGCAGGAGGCUUAUCGGGACGACCCCAGUAUCCGAGAUAGUUCCUCGGGUAUUGCUCAGCGACCCGACAUGAGCACAACCGGUGGCUCACCGAUUGCAUCAGCCGCCGCAGGCAGUCGCAACAGUACUCUGCAGGUUGAUCCGAGAAUGGAUCCAUUUAAGCAAGGCCUGUACGUCCGAAGCGCAAGUCACGAGAGUAUCAACACUUUGCGCGACGAUCACGACUAUUCGAGGAGGAUCCAAGCACCCAAAGUACUUCGUGCAACCAACCCCGAUCCAACACCGGAACCUUGA